AUGGCGAUUCGGAACUCGCUCAACGGACAAUUUCUCCGCCGCAGCUCCUUCGCUGGAGCUAGGUUCAUGUCAUCUUCGUGGUUUCGGAGCAUCGAGCCCGCUCCCAAGGAUCCAAUCCUCGGAGUUACUGAAGCUUUCCUCGCGGAUCAGAGUCCAAACAAAGUCAAUGUUGGAGUGGGUGCUUACCGCGACGACAACGGAAAGCCUGUGGUAUUGGAAUGUGUUAGAGAAGCAGAGAGGAGGAUUGCAGGAGGACAGUUCAUGGAGUAUCUUCCUAUUGGUGGAAGCAUAAAAAUGGUUGAAGAAUCGCUCAAGCUGGCUUACGGAGACAACUCUGAGUUCAUCAAGGAUAAAAGAAUAGCUGCAGUGCAGGCUUUAUCUGGGACUGGUGCAUGUCGACUUUUUGCUGCAUUUCAACAGAGAUUUCAUCCUAAUUCCCAAAUCUAUAUACCAGUGCCUACCUGGGCCAAUCACCAUAACAUUUGGAGAGAUGCUGGAGUGCCUAUGAAGACAUUCCGUUACUAUCAUCCUGAGUCUAAAGGAUUGGAUUUUGCAGGACUGAUGGAUGACAUGAAGAAUGCUCCAGAUGGUUCCUUCUUUUUGCUUCAUGCUUGUGCGCACAAUCCUACUGGAGUAGAUCCUUCAGAAGAACAAUGGAGAGAGAUUUCUUUCCAGAUUAAGGCUAAGGGCCAUUUCCCUUUCUUUGACAUGGCAUAUCAAGGUUUUGCUAGUGGUGAUCCAGAGAGAGAUGCAAAAGCCAUUAGGAUUUUUCUCGAGGAUGGUCAUUUAAUAGGACUUGCUCAGUCAUAUGCAAAAAAUAUGGGACUGUAUGGCCAGCGAGUUGGAUGCCUGAGUGUGCUCUGUGAAGAUGAGAAACAAGCAGUGGCGGUAAAAAGUCAGUUACAGCUGAUUGCUAGACCCAUGUACAGUAACCCACCUCUCCAUGGAGCACUUAUAGUUUCAACUGUCCUCGGUGAUCCAGAGUUGAAGAAGUUGUGGCUUAACGAAGUGAAGGUUAUGGCAGAUCGCAUCAUCGGAAUGAGAAACAGUCUACGUGAGAAUUUGGAAAAGAGGAACUCUCCUUUGACCUGGCACCACAUAACCGACCAGAUUGGUAUGUUCUGCUAUAGUGGAUUAACACCAGAACAGGUGGAUCGAAUGACAAACGAAUUCCAUAUUUAUAUGACCCGUAAUGGUCGAAUCAGCAUGGCUGGUAUUAAUACGGGAAAUGUGGGAUAUGUUGCUGACGCUAUCCAUGAGGUUACCAGAUCAGGGUAUGUUGCUGACGAUAUGGAUCAAGUUACAAAAUCAUAUUAG